UUGAAACAGAGGGAGAAACUUUGAGUUACCUCCCCUUUCUUAUUUAUUGUUAACGACUCAGGAAGCGCCACUUUCGACUGAGUUAAGAAAUUUUAUAAAAUCAAGCAAUUAUUUUUUUCAACGCUCAAUGAAUUGAUAAAGUUUCGUCGCUGACUUAAAUAGUAAGACGUACGAAAUGUAUUAAGAGCAAUAAUAUUUAGCAUUGAUAGCAACAAACAUUGGUUUAUAAACAUGAAAACUGGGGGUAUAUAGCUAUAUGCUACUUGCCGUCGCGAGAAGUGGUUGAUAUAGCAACAUUACAAACAUUUUAUAUAUUCCAACAAACUCUUACCUACCAAUAUAUAUCUACUUAUGACAAUAUCGAAUUCUGGAUCUGAUUUCAGUGAACCAAUAAUUAAUUACGCAAACUCGACUCGUUCAUUAACUUCUAAUUAAAGCGGCAUUUUCUGAACGAAGCGAAUUAAUGGAAGAAAACCAAAAGAAAUUAAGUAAGAAGAAGAAAACAAAAACAAAAAUGAUGUCUUUCAUAAAGAAAGGACGGCCGUUGUAUCCAACUAAAAACAUCAAUAAAAAAAGAAAGAAACGUCCAGCAUGGGAUGACACUAUGACAGAUCUUUCUGUGUACAAGUCAAAUCCCGAAGAACUUAUGUAUCGCAAGAAAAUUCACCAGUCAAAACAUUUACCAUGUGUUAAAUUUCAGAACGACAGGAAGAAAAAUGGCAAAGAUGAAAUCUCAUUGAAUCUUGCAAAGUUAAAUAGCAGACAGUUGGCGAUUAUGAAAGAGGUCCUUUAUGAUCAAGACCAGAUUAAAACAGUUCUAGAAUAUUCAGAUAGAAUGAUGGACAGAGUUGCAGAUCUGUGUGGUGAUCAUCCAAAGAGGUACCAAGCAUUUCCCUCUGUUACUGUUGCACCCAAUUCUGAACCAGGUGCAAUCCAUAAAAUUUCCCUGCCAAAAGAAGUCCCUGAGUUCCAUAGCCAUCUGGAUACAUUAAGCAGCAGUUUAAUGGAUGUGUCAGCCCUUAAUGAUGACUGUCAUAAACAAGAGUUGACCUCAGCAUCAACUGAAUCAUUACCAUCAGUCACAUAUACUAGUCACAGUGACAUGGAACGGUUCCGGAAGCUGUUAGAAACAGAAGAGAAGAACCUUUUAGCAGCCCAGUAUUCCUUACAAGACCAAUCAUCAUCACAGAUGAACAACAUACUUAAACAAAAUCCCCCAGAUGUUCCGGGUGCUUUCACCCCAGUUCAGAACAACAGGGGUCCUAACACAGCUGUUAAUGACACAACAAAAGUGAACAAGGUUCGCAGGGUUUUGCAUGCAGAUAUUUCUGAUGAGGAGCCCACUUCUGACAGAAAUGGAGAAAUAUCACACUCAGAGUCUGGAUUCACCCUCAAAGAUCUGAAAAAGGUGCUGGAAGAAAUGCAGCGAGAAAUGGUUAUUUAUGAAGAAAACACUGGUAAGGUACCAGCUGAGAAGCAACAAAAGGAGACAUUUUCAGGCUACACAAUGUCUCUUUGUCAGACAGUUAUUAAGUUGUGUCGAUACCUGAGAGAAACUGAUGAGAAACUUCAAGAGCAGACGAAACUGCGUGAAAAACUUUCAUUGGAAACAUCAGAAUUGAAACUUCUCAUAGAUGCACUGACUUUGAAUCUGAUUGAGAGCCAAGAUAAAUACAACAGUCUCUAUGCAGACAUGAAAGAAUACCAAAGAAAUACAAAUGAAGAAAUUGCAUCACUGAAAACAAAAAUCAAUUUAUUAACUAGCCCUGGAAUGAAUGGCACUAUUUUGAAGCAGAUUCAACAACAAAGGUCAUCAUCAGAAGUCGAACAACAGCAACAACAUCAACAACAACAAAAUUACAGUUUGUCCUCUCUGCUCCAUCAGCAGUUGUCCUCUCAGACCCAUCAGCAGUUGCCUUCUCAAACCCAUCAGCAUUUACCUUCUCAAACCCAUCAGCAGUUGCCCUCACAGACACAUCAGCAGUUGCCCUCACCAACCCAUCACCUGUUGCCUUCACAGAACAAUCACCAGUUGUCUUCACAAAUCCAUGCCCAAUUACACACACACGUCCAAAAGCUACAGCAGCAAUCAUCUACACAGACCCAUCAACAACCGAAGCAAACAACUGUGCAAGUUGAGCUACAGCAACAGAAGCAUCAAUCAACUGUGCAGCUACAACAUCAGCAACAAAAGCAAGAACUGGCACAUCUUGCUUGCAGUUUCCACUCCUUUCUGGAUGACUCUAGAAAACGCCUAUUUGGAUCAGCAACAGAAGAAGAGAAUACAAAUGGUUGGCAUGAUUCUUCUGCAGUUUAUGAAUCGCAUCAAGGAAAUACUCUGAGCAGUUUUAAAGCAGCUUUCCAGCUUUCUCCUCCUGUGCAAAAAACACAUGUGUCUUCAAAUUCUAAAGAUCCGCUAGAAUUUUUAGAUGAAGCUGAGCUCUCAGCAUCGCAGUCCAUUUUUGACUUGACACAACAACCUGCAUUGAACACUUCAAUUAUAUCAGAUAAGCAUGUUACUGAAACUAUUUUACCAGGACAAAUUCCAGAAGUGUACCCCUUUCAGAAUGACACAACUGUUAAUUCUUUUAAAUCAAUAAACUCGGCAAAUGUACCAGUUUCUCAGUCAGUAUUGCCUGAAACUCACAAAGACAUACCUGCUCGAGACAACUGCCUUUCACCAGAAAUAGAAAGUAAAUCUUUCCUUGCCAGCCAAAUUGAAGAAUUAAACAAGCAACAUGAAGAAGCAGAAAGACUUUUACAGAAAUUUCUUCAGAGUGGAAAAGAACAGGAAGAAAUGUUGAAACUUGGAGGAGAGUUUGAAAGACAAUCUCAGACUGAGUUCCAGAGAGCACAAGGAACUGAUGAUGUUCUAACAUUGCCUACAUCUAACCAAAUCUCAGAUGAGGAGCACCCUCAAACUCUAGAACAACAAAGAAGUAACUCGCCACAUAUAUUUAAUGGUGUAUCUCCAGCAAUAUCGCCUAUCAUUGUUGAGGAAUGUCUUGAUCAAGCUGUUUAAUUAUUUGAUGAGCUAUGUGAGCCAAAGAUUCCCUCGUAUCCGUCCAAUCAACCAAGAAGAAAUGCAAACAUCAUAUCACACCUCAACUACCAGUUCUUCAUUCCUUAUCUAUUUGUAUUAUAUUAUUUAUAACCUUUGUUUUUUUUUUUUUUCAUCAUAAAAUUAUUAUUUUAAGAUUGAGUGGUGGUGGCAAAAACUGAAUGCUGACCAACUUACAGUUUUGCUCUUUUAUGUUCAGUUCAAACUCCACCAGAAUUUACCUAAGUUUCUCAUUUCACUAGAUUCAGUAAAAUGAAUACCAAUCUUGUAGAGGAAAUGAUCAUUUCUAAAAGAUGGAAGUUAUCCACAGGGGCUCACCAUUGGCUUGAAUUUUAGAUUUGUUGAAAAUGAUGUAGAGGACGGCAUUGCACCGAAUGUGCUUUCUUACCUACAUUUUACGCUUCAUCAUUACAAGUUCAAAUCUGACUCCAAUCAUAUUAUUUUUUAUAUUUCUUUUAUCUAUUUUUUUAAAAAACUUGUUUCAUUCAAUGAACUGCAACCAUAUUGGGGGUUGAAGGGUUUCAAUCAAAUGAAUUGACCCAAGUACAUAUUUUUUUUUAAGGCCUGGUACUAUUCUAUCAGUCUCUUUUGCCAAACCACUAAGUACACAUUGAUGUAAACACACUAACACCAGUUAUCAAGCGGUGGCGGGGAAUAAAUGCAAACACACACACACACACACACACACACACACGAUAUGUGUGACAGGCUUGUUUCAGUUUCUAUCUACCUUAUCCAUUUGAGUCUUUGGUUGGCCCAGGGCUAUCGUAGAAGACAUUCACCCAAGGUGCUAUGCAGUGAGACUGAAUCCAAAACCAUGUGUUUGGAAAGCAACUUCUCACCACAUGGUCAUGCCUGUGCUUUUAUAUAUAUUUUUUAUUUCUGUAUAAAAGGAGAUCCAGGAGAGUUGAUAAAAUUAGAAUGAUAAGCUUUCCUUGAAUUUUGAUGAUAAGCAUUCACUUGUUCAAUCCGUAGGUUGAGCAUUGAAGUAUUGUGUAAGUGAUUGAGUAUUCCAUAGACAUUUUUACCCUUCAGUGUAAAUCUCAGUCUGAAUCAGCAUAAUGCAGUAUGUGACAAGAACGGACUUUUGCUUUGAAGUACAAUCCCUUUGGCAAGCUUCCAAUACAAUUUCUGUCUGCCUGGUUUCAUUCACAAAGCUUGGGGUUCACCUGACUUAUUGUAAAAGACACUUGCCCAACCCAGGACCUGAAUGUUGCAAAAUGAACUUCUGAAUUAUCCCUGUACCCAGUCAACAAAACAAAAACCAAGGCUAUAAUGAAGUUUGCUUGUUCCUCUUAUAUUUUACUUAGCCAAAAAUGUAUAAAUGAAUAUAAAAAAGCAAUAAAAAUCCUACCAGUUUCUUAAAAAUAGAGCUUUUUGAAAAUAAAGUUAAAAAAAUUAA